AUGUCGACCAUCCAAUCGCGCAAAAUUGCAGAUGCUGCUACCGCCAUCAUGCUCCACGCUAAGAACAUCCAGCACCCGUGGGGAAUCCUCUCGAGGCUACGCACGAUGGAGCUUCACGUCCUCGACUCAGAGCUGCCGCCGAAGCGAUUCUGUAUUUUGGCAAAAGAAAUCAAGCUAGUUCAGAUCGAGGUGCCACACCGAGGCCUACUAGCAUUAUGGGAGCCUCGUGCAAAGCCCUAUUCGCCUCUGAUUUCUCUCCUCUCCCCAUUCUCUACAUAUUCCGUGACCACCCAGAUAUCCUCGGCAUCUUCGGGCACUCUCUCCACCGCUGGAACGCUGCGCCGCUCGUCUUUGCCCCAUAUUCGGGCUGCAAAGACCACUCUACCGAAGUUGAAGCCCCUGGAAAAUAAGACUCAGCCCUUCGAGUUCCACCGCCCACAACCAGUCCAGCAGCAGCACAUGGCCCUGGCACUUGAGCCUUGGCUCUCACGGAUUCUCGCCCUUCCCGAGCCGAGAAAGCGCUGUCCAUUGCCAACAGGGCAGCCCACAGUCGAGCCUCCGACCAAGAGGGCCCGCCCCAGCCUCACCGACGAGUACGAGCCCCUGGCCAAUAGAACUUGCCUGAGCCUUAGCAGGAAGUAA